CACCCUAGUGGAAACCCACUCAAAUCCACCUGUGGAACCCAACUCCUUUCACUGACACCAUGGUCAACUCCUGUUGUGGCUCCGUCUGCUCUGACCAGAGCUGUGGCCAAGAGACCUGCUGCCGUCCCACAUGCUGUGGUUCCAGCGGCUGUGGCUCCAGCUGCUGCAGGCCCAGCUGCUGCAUCUCUAGCUGCUGCCGCCCCUCCUGCUGCCAGACCACCUGCUGCAGGACCACCUGCUGCCGCCCCAGCUGCUGUGUGUCCAGCUGCUGCCGCCCCUCCUGCUCUAGUUCCAGCUGCUGUGGCUCCAGCUGCUGCAGGCCCAGCUGCUGCAUCUCUAGCUGCUGCCGCCCCUCCUGCUGCCAGACCACCUGCUGCAGGACCACCUGCUGCCGCCCCAGCUGCUGUGUGUCCAGCUGCUGCCGCCCCUCCUGCUCUAGUUCCAGCUACUGUGGCUCCAGCUGCUGCAGGCCCAGCUGCUGCAUCUCUAGCUGCUGCCGCCCCACCUGCUGCCAGACCACCUGCUGCAGGACCACCUGCUGCCGCCCCAGCUGCUGUGUGUCCAGCUGCUGCCGCCCCUCCUGCUCCAGUUCCAGCUGCUGUGGCUCCAGCUCCUGUGGCUCUAGCUGCUGCCGCCCCUCCUGCUGCCCCUCCUGCUGCCUGCGCCCAGUCUGUGGCCGGGUCUCCUGCCACACUACCUGCUAUCGCCCCACCUGUGUCAUCUCCACCUGCCCCCGUCCCAUGUGCUGUGCCUCCUCUUGCUGCUGAGCCCCCUGCCCUGUGACCACCACCUCUGUUUACCUCUGCCCCACAGACAUAGACUCUUUUUGGUGCUCACCAUUAGGACACAUGAAGUGGGGUUAGUAAUGCUCCACUGAGUUGGGUCUCACGAUUCCAACGAGCCCAUCACUGUCCCACUGACUCUGUAAGCAUAUUCUGGCCUCAGUCCAAAUUCUACUUCUGGAUCUUUCCCUUUCAUUCAAGUAUGAAUUUCCUUACAAUAUACCAACUGUUGUAUUGACUAAUUCUUCCUAAAUUCUCCUUAACUGUGGGGCACCAACUCAUCAAGUUCAAGGAGCUAAAGUUUAAUUUCAGUAUUUCUACAUUACAGAUAUUUAUAGCCUCUCUCUUAAUUGUCCAAUGGAUUCUUUUUUAUAAUUCUUAUUCUCCAAAUUGUCCUAUGUUAUAACUCUAUGUCAAAAUAAACCACCACU